UGCAAGGUAGAGUCGUGGCACCGUGAGCUAGGGAGCAGACGCUACGCUCAGCGAGUGUGCUCCACACUUCCCUGGAUAUUUCUAAACACCUUAGUUCCAACACAGUUUUCUGAUGAAAUUAAGUUUGACAUAAGAGAGAACUUCAUGUGUGAGGUGUGUAUUUGCUGUGUACAGUACUGUACUGUACAUCUCUCAGCUGAGGAUUUACAAGAAAACUCCAUUUUGUAGAAAUUAAGUGAACAUAAAUUGGUCAACAUGGGAGUGGAGAAAGGAGGAGUCCUUAAUGAUGAUGGGUACUGGAUCAAGGGGGAUGGAGGCCACAAACAUGGUUUUACUCUCUUGGAAGACCUCAAGAAAGUGAAUGCCAUCACUGUGCCAGCUAUUCUUGAAUAUGCUGCUAACAGCCAUGGGGAAGCACCUUGCAUGGGUACCAGGAAACUUAAGGCACGGUUGCGGAUCUUGGAAAAUGGCAAAAAGCUGGAAAAAUUGCAUUUUCUGGACUAUGUAUAUUUGUCAUAUAAAGAAGUCCAAGAAAUGGUUGUGAAGUUCAGUGAUGGGAUAAGAAACUUGGGAAUGAGUAGUGGUGAUCGCAUAGCUAUGUUUGCUGAAACUCGAGCUGAAUGGUAUGUGGCUGCUGUGGGCUGUUUACGCAGCAGUUUGAGUGUGGUGACACUUUACACAAACUUGCCCAAUGAGAGCAUUGUCCAGAGUCUUAAGGAAACAGAGGUUAACACACUCAUUACUUCUUAUGAUUUAUUACCUCGUGUAAUUAAACUGAUUCAGGAGUGUGCCUUGAUUACUCGUGUUAUUGUUAUUGAAGAUCAGCUUGAUGGAAUUGGAUCUGUGCAAGAUGUUCCAGAACAAGUCACUAUACUUCCUUUUCAGGAGGUAUUGAAACUGGAAGCAUCUAUGCCAUUAGUAUCACCAAAGGCUGAUGAUAUAGCCAUUAUUAUGUAUACUAGUGGCUCAACAAGCCAUCCUAAGGGAGUAGAACUUACUCAUGCCAAUAUUUUUUCCUCCAUAACAGCUUACUGUGUUCAGGCUGACUUAAGAUUAGGGGAUCGUUAUCUUGCAUAUCUUCCCUUGGCACAUGUAAUGGAACUCGCUACAGAGACUGCAUUAAUGGCCAUGAAUGUCACCAUAGCUUAUUCUUCUCCAUUCACACUAACAAAUAGUAGUGCUAAAAUCUUCAAAGGCACAUCAGGUGAUGCCAGAGUAGCAAGACCCACAUGUAUGAGUGCUGUGCCACUCAUCUUAGAGAGAAUCAUUAAGGGAGUAUACAGAGUAAUUGAGGACCAGGGUCAUUUGAAAGCAAAGAUUUUUAGUGAAGCACUUAAAUAUAAACAAAGAAAAGUUGGCCCAUCUCUUGCUGUAAAAGUUUUGGAUGCACUGGUAUUUAAGAGGGUAAAGGAGGAACUUGGAGGAGAGUUAAGAAUGUUGGUAGUGGGUGGGGCACCAGUAUCCCCAGAAAUUCAAAAUAAGAUUCGGGCAUUAUUUGGUUGCACUGUUCAAGUUGGUUAUGGAGCAACAGAGACUGCAGCUUGUAUCAGCAGUAUGGACACAGAUGACAUACGCACUGGACACUGUGGGCCUCCAAAUUAUGGUGUACUUCUCUCAUUAAGAGAUUGGGAAGAAGGUGGAUAUCUCACUACUGAUAAGCCCAAUUCUCGGGGUGAAAUUGUUGUGGGUGGACCCAUGGUGUCCAGAGGAUACUUUCGUAAUUCAGAGAAAACUGAAGAAGUAUUUUUCGAGAAGGAUGGAGUUAGGUGGUUUAAAACUGGCGACAUUGGUGAGGUUGAUGAAACUGGCAUUCUCCAUGUUAUUGACCGAAAGGUAGAUCUCUUAAAGCUGAAUAAUGGUGAAUAUGUGUCUUUGGGCAAUAUUGAGAGUAAACUUAAAACUCAUUCUCUUAUAGAAAGCAUUUGCGUUUGUGCAUAUUCAGGAGCCAAGCAUGUAGUUGCCAUUAUUGUUCCUUUCUCUGAUAGCUUGAUUAAAAUUGGAGUAAAGUUAGGCCAUAUGGAAGAUGCAACUAUGCAGGAUCUUUGUAGUGAUAUGAAAGUUAAAAAGGCUGUCCUUGAUGAGCUCCUUGCACAUGGGAAGAAGCAAGGACUUGGACGAUGGGACCUGCCAGCAGCCAUUUUCCUGACUCCUGAACCCUGGACUCCUGAAUCAGGAUUAGUCACAGCAGCACUUAAGAUCAAGAGGGCUCCUAUUAAAGCCAGAUUUCAGCUUGAAAUUGACAAUAUGUAUGGUCAAUUUGAUGAUCCUGCCCAAUAGAUAUUUUACAGUAAGUGUACUGGGGAGCAACACAAUAUAUAAAUGCCCAUUCACUCCACAUACUGCUUGGGAAAUGCUUAGCAGGACUAAGGUAGACUUUACUUUAGAGAACAGACUCACAAUUCAAUGCACAAUAAGUAAUUACCUUGUAUACUGUAGCCUCAGUGCAUGUCAUUGAACUUUGCAGGAAAGCUCUACUAGCAAAGAAAUAUCAAAUUACUGUAUAUGCUUCUUAAAUUGUAUAACCCUAUUUUCUAUAUAUAAUGUGAAUAAUAGUUUGAGUGAAGAUUGUUGUAGAGUAUACUGUCAAUUAUUAAGUAGGACAUGUUGAAAAGGUUAUUUUAGGAAAAGUAGGCAUUCAGAGCUAAAGAUGGAUACCGUAUGUGCUUUUGAAGUCCAUAAGGGACAUAAGAAAGGUAAAUUACAUAUAUGUCACAUGUGAAACAUGUCGUUGUUAAAUCACAUAAAUGUAAUAUACUGUAUGUUUAAAAAUACAUUGCUAAGUAGUUUAGUUUUGAGCUGAUAGAUUGGUAGUGGAGUAAAUUGUGAGCAUUAUUGUAGUGCCUUUACAGGUGUAUGGUGCAUAACUGAUAUGCUGUCGUUUCUAAAAAUACAGUACAGUACUCUACCUGUCAUGUAUUGUGAAUUCAGGGACAAAAUAAGAUUUUUAAAUGCCAAUUUAAGCAUUUACUUUUUUUCAUAAUGCAAUGCAAUAAUUUCUGGACAAAUUGCUUUUUAUAAAUGUUAAUUGUACAGAGAUUGGAUUUUUUUUAUUAAUUUUUUGUUCGAGAUAAUAUACAAUGGCUCUUGCAAAAUAUUUUUUGGGGGGUUUUCAGACUUGAAAAUUAAUGCAUCGUUGUUUUUGCUUUUAGUAAUGCUCACCACAUGUCCUAAGUUUUCCCAAUCAAAUUUACUGUGACUGGAUACCAGACUUUUCUGUUUGGGAAGUGCAGGCUGUCAAGUACAGUGCCACUUUGUGUACCGAGACUUAUUAUUAAGUGUAAUUUAUCUGCACUGACCCUAAUAAGUCGCCAGACCUAUGAGAUCCCUUUUCAUUUGCUUCCAUCUUUAUAUUUUAUUUAUUUAGUUUUAUGUAAUUAGUUUUUUAUCACAAGUCUACUAAAGGAUGCUUAUAUUAUAGGGACUUAGAGAUAUCCUUCAGCCAAAGACCAGAGCAUAAAAAAAAAUGUUAUAUUUCUCGGCCUGUUGGGGAAAUCAUAUAAAUUUUCAAAUGUUGUACAAUCAGUUGGAGGAAAAUUAUUUGGACUUCAUGAUAACAAAUUAUUGGUAACUAUGAAGCACACUUUAAUAUCAGUAACUGCUUUGGGAAUUAAGGUUCAACAUAUUAUGCUGUAUGGAGCUACAGAAUGAACUCUUCAGUCUCUAAUGGAAGACUUACAAUACAGUAGUGACAUAAAUACUACUAAAUAAGAGGUGGUGUUGGAGGAGAUGUUUAGGCUAAGUAUAGUGAGUUUAGUUUGUUUAAAUGUGUGUAUACAGUGCAGUAUUAUGGCACAGUGCAGUACACUGUACAGUAUUAUGGUACAGUGCAGUAUUAUGGCACAGUGCAUUAUUAUGGCACAGUGCAGUAUUAUGGUACAGUACUGUAUUAUGGCACAGUGCAGUAUUAUGGCACAGUGCAGUAUUAUGGUACAGUACUGUAUUAUGGCACAGUGCAGUAUUAUGGCACAGUGCAGUAUUAUGGCACAGUGCAGUAUUAUGGUACAGUACAGUAUUAUGGCACAGUGCAGUAUUAUGGCACAGUGCAGUAUUAUGCUACAGGACAGCCAAUGAGUGAAACUUGGGACUGGAGCUACACUGUGACCCUGGUGUAAUGUACAAAUUUAAAGUUCAUACAGUCCAUAAAGUGAUGUAAGAACAGUUCAUACACUGUACAAAACAGUAUAUGAACCAUAUGUAGAUGGUCUACAUUACUUUGAUUAUAUAUAUAUAUAUAUAUAUAUAUAUAUAUAUAUAUAUAUAUAUAUAUAUAUAUAUAUAUAUAUAUAUAUAUAUAUAUAUAUAUAUAUAUAUAUAUAUAUAUAUAUAUAUAUAUAUACACAGGGUCAUAGUGUAGUUUAGGUCUUCUUAGUCAGGUACCCAGAGCAACGUGCAUUGAUUAAUCUCAACACCUUGGGCACUCAACCACUUUGAACAUUUGCACACUGUAAAGAUUAAUGUUUUAAUUACAUUGUCAAAAUAAGAAAAAGUGAUGUGUCUGUAUAUAAACAUAAGAAUGAGUCGGAAGAGCAGUGUUAAUCCAUGUGUAUACUGUAGUUCACAAAUUCUAAUGUCCACUCACUCUCUAGAGUCUAGAUAAUGUUUGUGCCUUCAUGUACUUUACUAAUUAUUGAACUUUAGGGUAUGUAAAACUUCAGCAUUCUAAAGUUGGGACAGAUGAAUUAAUGAGAUGCUGUGAGGAUAAGUGAGGUUGAAGCACAAUGGUAAUACUGUACAGCUCAUACAGAAAGUAUUGUACGUAAAUGUGAUGUGAGGAGAAUUUAUCAUCUCAAAAGUGUUGGGGUCUUCAGUAUGUCUACAGAGAAGAAAUCAUGGAGCUGACAUCAAAGUACAAUACUGUACAGUAUGUGUACUGUAUACCCCUAACCAAUACUGUACAUUAGUACAGUACUGUAUAGUAUGUGUACUGUAUACCCCUAACCAAUACUGUACAUUAGUACAGUACUGUACAGUAUGUAUACUGUAUACCCCUAACCAAUACUGUACAUUAGUACAGUACUGUAUAGUAUCAGAUAAACCUUCACACAAACUUCUCUGUCCUAGAAUAUUCGGUUAUGGAUUAACCAAAAAUAAGAUAAUAAUUCUCAUUGUUAACAGAAGUUACAAGUUUUAAACUGAAUUAAAGUAGAGGUAAACACUCACUCUACUCACAUUUUUUAUUUACAAGUCAUUUACAUAUUACAGGAAUUGUUCACUGGCCAUAGUUUGUGUCUAGUGUGAUAUGUAACGCUUCUACUGUAAUUUAUGAAUUGCACUUUGUGUGCGUUUGUAAAUCUGAAGUGCAGGUUUAUAUGUUAUUUAUUGCUUUUGUGAAAAGGAUAUAGCUACUGUACAGAAUUUAAAAGUCUUGUUGUUAAUAAAGGAGAGUUGUACAGGUAUACAGUAUCUCUCACUAAUAAUUUCUUGAGGUCCGAUACAGGUAUACUGUACUUGGUACUGUUAAUUAUAUGCAGACAUUUUAUACAGAUUGAAUUUGUUUUGUACGGAGGCAAUAUAUUUUCACUAUUGUGCAGUAUA